AUGGGGGAAUGGGCUGCGCUCCAUCUGCGGAUCAUUAUUCCGUCCAAUCAUUCCCAUUCGAUUCGUCUUCUUCUGAUGGUUCGCGGCUCUCUGCUGCUGCUCCCGAUGCUCGGGCUCUCCCUGCUCUCCGUCGUCAUCUCCGCCCAGGAUGCAGCCACAACGGAGUGGCCAUUGAUCCCAUAUGCCUGCAACUUGGCCAAGAAAGUGGACAAUGUGGACCAGGACUGCACGCCAAACCCCCCGAAGAGUGCGACUGACGGCAGGACGACCUGGUUUACAAUCCGCGACUUGCGCAACGACAGAUUGGUCAUCUAUCGUUGCUCCCAGUCGGAGACGUUCUGCCUAUCGAUGACCAAGAAGGCGCUGCCGGAUGACAAGAUCGGAUGCUAUGGGAGCAUAUUUUCGGAAGUUGGCUGCAACUGCGAUCAAGAUCUUGGAAGCUUCACCUUCACGCCCGCGCAUCCGUCCGUGCUGGCCCUGUGGAAGGAGAAGCAAAAGCCGGGCGAGCCGCCGGGAUGCGGUACCUACGAAGUGCCCGACGACCCUCCCACGCCCUCCUCCUCCUCCUCAUCGUGGCCCUCUUCCGCCCUGCUGCUCGUCGUCACCAUUAGCCUCGUCGCCCGCCUCAUCUACCCC